UUUUGUACAACAAAAGAAGAAAUAGCUCCCAGAAUAAACAUGUGCUGUGAGUUCAUCUCUUUGCUCAGCUUCCCCCAGCACUGUAGAGAAGAGAAGUCUAGCUGUGUGAUACAAUACGAGAAACUCGGCAGAGAAACCUGACUUUACAGAGUGAGUGGAGGAAGCAAAGAUUGCAAGGGCUAUUGCUGCCUGAUGGCCUGGUGCUAGGAUUCUUCAGCCCAAGCUUCCAGUAAUCUCCCAAGCCCAGAGGGGUUAAAAUACCUGCGAGGAAAAAUCCCAUAAUGUUCACCACUAGCUACAAAGGCAAAUGGGCUCAUCUUCACCUUUGAAAGACAAUUCAAAUUUUCUACAUGCCCGGAUUUGGCCUUUGCGUAGAAUCAAAGUGUUGUGCAGCCGCGCCGAGCCACCUUGCAGAGAGAUAUAUGGCAAAAGCAGCCUCCUGAUUUUAGCCACAAAUUCUAUAAAUCUUCCAGGCAGGCCUUCACGAAAACCAACAGAAAAGGAAAAGGAAGAACUGAAGAAGGCCAAUAGCACAGAAUCUGAGACUAAGCAACGUCUGCCAAAGAUAAAAACCAGCCAGUUCCACACUGCUUUGGAAAGGAAGAAAGAGUUGCCCAAGAUUGUCACAAGGUUUCCACACGUGGGCUCAUAUGAAGUGGAUAUAAUGUUUGUGGAGAAUGGAAAAUAUAAGACUGGCAUCUACCAAGAUCUCAAACCACAUGAUUUUAGGCAGUAUGAAACUAAUAUACCAGACUUUGUGACAAGUUACCCCAGAGACCCUUUCAAUUUAAAGUUCAAAUCCCAGCAUUUAAAUGCAGUUCAUGGACUUCAGCCAUUGAAAGACAAGCAAAAGGACACAAAGGGGAGAUUCAUUACAUGCAAGCCUCAUGAAUGCAAAUGGGAAUCCAGGCUAAUCCUACCAAAGAACCCUUGGCCACCAAAGUCUGCUUCAUUUACGAGACACAGAAGGUGACAUGGUGCCCACACGGCAUUCCUAGGUCGUGUGGAUGAAAAGCUACGUACAAUAUGGCAGGAGGAAGUAGGUGGUGAUGUUGUAUUGUUCCCUAUGGUGCAAACCCAGUGUCUCCUUAGGGCCACAUGAUGGUUGCUUGUGCAGGGGGUAGCUAUGAUACAAUUAUUUGUUUCUCAUGACUUCAAGGAGGCAGGGAGUGCUGGUGCUGCCAGAAGCACUCCAUACCUCAGCAGGGGGCGUAGCUGGGUAGAGUGAAGGAGGUUAAACACAACAAUACAAACCCCUCCUGGGGGAUGGAGAGGAGAGCUGCAGAAAUCCUCAGGUGUUUGCUUUAGAAUGUGGGAUGUGCUCAGACCUGGACUGAUACUGAUAGUUACAAUCUCAACCCUCUGCACAAUGGCAGGGGAAGGGAACAACAAGGGUCACUGGUGACUGAGCUCCCUAUAAUGCCCUGGGAGAAUUUGAAGUGCCGUGGAAGAUGAUAUGCCUGUGGCUGUCCUACACAGGAAUGAUGUCUCCAUCCAUUAACAUCCAGGCAGUGCACCUCCUCCCCUCUUGCAGUGACUCUCAGAUUCAUAACUGCGUGGUUAAAAAGCAGAGCUGGAUGACUUGCUGAUUAAAGCAGGAGAUGUAUGAUGAGUCAUUCUUUUUCAGAUGCAGAGUUACCUUCUGCCAAAUCGCAUUCUUAUAUUUCUCGCCAGAAUAUGAUUCAGAAGAGCUGCUCUUGGUGACUAGAGAGCUGCUGAAAUGAGCUUUGCUUACAUACGUGCAUUCCAAACUGACAAUGAGACUCGAAUCCAAAUCCACUGCCAGGCACCUCUUUAAAUAGAGGGCACCUUUCUAGGGAAAGUUUAGUAUUUUUAUCUGAUGUUGGUUUUGUGAUUAACUCAAUUAAAAUUCUUUUUUACUCUGUAUUUGGGGUGGAAAUUCACCCCAAUGCUGGGGGCCUGCAAAGCCCACAUCCCAUUUAUGCUCUUAACAUGAGUCUUACAUAGUGCAUAAAGCCUUAUCCUAUCCCACUGGACAGAAGUGAAUUUCACCCUGGUGAACUAGCAUCCCCAUAUUUGCCCUUGCAAUCUUCUAAAGCCAGAGCCACUCUAACCUGGUGCUGUACCGAAUAAAGUGUCAGAAAUGCUGGUAGGAGCUAUGCUGCUAAUGCGGUUCCCUGCAGUCUCAGUGCUUCAUUGAUUCUCUGAAAUGCCCAAAUGGCACCCUCAGAGUUGUGCUUAGCUCCACGUUCAUUUUUGUCCUGAUCAGUUAGGGCAGCAACACAGCACUUAAAAAGAAAAAUCUAUCUCCUGAGAUAUUUCUCCUAGCAUGCCUCUCCUGCUGUGUUCCCAGUCUGUGGACCUUUUACGAGUCCUCUCCAGGUAGCUUCAAGCCACCUCUGUCCAACUGGUAGGCCCCCCGUGAGGAAUAGAACAUUCCAACAAAUACUUUGAAUGUUGUGCAUUGGUGUUCCCACAAUGAUCACUAACAUUUCAAAAGCAAAUGUUUGAUCUUUCAGUAGGUGCAAUCAUGGAAUCAUAGAAAUGUUGGACUGGAAGGGACCUCAGUAGGUCAUCUAGUCUAGUCCCCUGAACUGAAGCUGGACUAAGUAUUAUCUAGAACAUCCCUGACAAGGUGUUUGGCUAACCUGCCCUUAAGAACCUCUAAUGACGUGGAUUCCACAACCUCCUUAUGUAAUUAGUUUUAGUGCUUAACUACCCUGACAGGAAGCUUUUUCCUAAUGUCUAACCUACAUCUCUCUUGCUGCAAUUUAAGCCCAUUAUUUCUUGCCCUGUCCUCAGUGGAUAGGGAGAACAAUUUAUUAACCUCUUUAUAACAGGCUUUUUUGUACUUGAAACAUGCCCUGUCUCAGUUUUCACUUCUCCAGAUUAAAGCCUUUUUUUUCACCUUUUCCUCAUUGGUCAUGUUUUCUAGACCUUUAAUCAUUUUUGUUGCUCUCCUCUGAAUGUUCUCCAAUUUAUCCACAUUUUUCCCAAAGAAUGGGGCACAGAACUUUACACAGUACUCCAGUUGAGGCCUAAUCAAUGAUGAGUAGAGUGGAAGAAUUACUUCUUGUGCCUUUAUUACUACACUCUUGCUAAAACAGCCCAGAAUAAUGUUCGCUUUCUUUGCAACAGUGUUACAUUUUUGACUCAUAUUUAGUUUGUGAUGCACUACAAAACUUAGAUGCUUUUCUGCAGAACUCCUUUCUAGGCAGUCAUUUCUCACUUUUUAUUUCUGCGUUUGAUUAUUCUUUCUACAUUCAGUACUUUGCAUUUUGCCUUAUUGAAUUUCAUCCAAGUUAUAGCAGAUCAG